AUGUCGGCGUCGCCCACCCCUUCCGAGGUGGCGACUCCUGCGGAGGAGGACCAGGCGUCCAGGCCCCAAAACGCCGAAUAUUCGCCACCAUCACCCCCGGCUUCGUCUUUGCACCUCGGCUCCGGCUCGGAACCCGCCAGAAGCGUCUCGCCUGUGACAAGCACCGACGCCGACGAACCGCAGCCAACGUUUGACAUGCCGCUGGAUGCGAAGGAGUACCCAUCCUUCGAUGCGCCGACAGCUGAUCACGACCGCCAACCUUCGAUUGAGGCUUGCCUCGAGUCGUUGGAAGCUCAGGCGGCUGCUUCUCCGGCCGUGGUGAUGGAAGCACUCGCCGAAGUUGUCGAGGUGGAGGCGGUGCCAACUCCGGCUGAGCCCGCGCCGACUACGCCUCGCCCUGACAAUGCUUCUACGCGUCAAGUUUCGGUCGAGCACUCCGAUGAGGUCAUUGAGGUGGACGAGCCGCAGCCGGUGUCUGUCGCAUUGGAAGGAGAAAACGUGACAGGGGAGGAGGCCCCGGAAUCUCCAAAAGCAGCCGUGGAGGAGGUUGAAGGGGUGGCACCGGUUUCAGUCGACGUCAACGUUGUCCCUGAUCAGGACUCGGUGGAGGAAGUGGCGGACCCGCGUCACGCGAUCCUGGAGGAUGAGUCCGAGCCUGAACCACGUCGCGAGGACAUUGAGGUCGAAACUCCUCAAGAACGCGUCGCGGUACCUUCGCCAUCGCCACCAUCAGUGGUUGAGCCACAGAGCGAGUCGACAGUCUAUGAAACACCAGUCAGCGAAUCGACAUCCUAUGAAGAACCUCAAGUGUUCGAACCACCACACGCAUCGAUGAAGCUCGAGUUCCUCCUCGCCCCAGUGGACGAGCCCAUCCGGACUCCUGAAACACCUCGUCGACCACUGGUCGACGUUUACCCACAACCAUCUCCAUCAGUGCCCAGUGUUGUCAUGGAGGAAGCGACGCCGUCGCCACACCAUUCAGAGGCCGAGUCCGACAUGGACGUGGACGAUGAGUGGGACGCGCCCACACCUCCAGCGAUGCGGACUGGUCCCGAGCCAGGAUCUUCAGGUGGCACGCCACUUAUAACGCCAAAUCUUGAGGCCGAGCAUACUGGAUUCCCUACCACAGACGACUAUGGCCCAGUCAAUGCGUAUCUGGAAGCGGAGAACGGUGACGACUAUACACCUCUGGGGACUCCAUUGGCGGACGAGACAGAGAUCAUUGUCGCACCAGUCGCCAAGUCUAGGCGUACGCUGCGCUCUUCAGACCGCGAACGCGACGACUGGCUCGAAGCAAUGGGCAACUCGGUGGCCGAGUUUGCAAAGCACACACUUGCAGCCCGGGCCGCUCGACGAAACGAGCUGGAUGUGGACUCUGUUGGACUGCAUGUGCCUCCUCCCAACCGAGUGAUCCUCGUCGACUCGCACCAUCCCGACGAGUCUGCCGAGCGGUUCAGGUUCCACCCCAGCCUCCAAGUCCCGACCGACAAGUUUUAUUCCAGAGUCCAGCGUUUACAAGACCAAUCGACCGACUUGAUCGUAACAUGGGAGUACGAUCUCGGAUUUAAAAAGUAUGGCCCGUAUAGCCCGUAG